GUCAUUUGGUCUGUACAUCUCUACCUUAGCUUCACACACACACAGCUUUUUACCUUCCUCUAUUUCAAGCCAACUAUAACCUAAAUUUCAUAACUACACUUACAAUCACCACCAUACUCAAGCACCACAAACAUGAGGCCUAAAGCAAAUCAAACCCUCAACAUCAAGUUCCUCAUUGUAGCGGUGUUGGUUUCAUUCUUCAUCCUCUUCGUGCUCAGAUCAAACUUCUCUACUUCCACUCCAAAUUUGUCUCCAAGAUCUUCCCAAGCUGCUUCUCUCUCCAUUCCCAAAUCUUCGACCGUACACGAUGACGGUGCAAAAGGCUCAUUACACUCCUCAACAGAAGAUUGUUCCCUAUCGUGCACCAAGCUUUCGCCUUCGAUAUCCAAAGCUCUCAUCCACUACGCAACCUCAACAAUAACCCCGCAACAGACUCUGAAGGAGAUUUCAGUGUCAGCAAGAAUCUUGGAGAAGCAUUCGCCAUGCAAUUUUCUCGUGUUCGGAUUAGGCCAUGACAGCCUCAUGUGGAGCACACUAAACCACGGCGGCAGGACGGUUUUCCUGGAGGAGGACGAGGCGUGGAUCGAGCAAAUAAGGCGGCGGUUCCCCACGCUGGAGUCCUACCAUGUCGGGUGAUGGGAUUUGAUUAUGGUGGAUGCGCCUACAGGGUACUACGAUGAAGCGCCGGGGCGGAUGACGGCCAUAUACACGGCGGGAAUGAUGGCUAGAAACAAAGAUAGCGGUGAGACACAUGUUUUUGUUCAUGAUGUUAAUAGGAAUGUGGAAGACAAAUUCUCCAAAGCGUUUCUUUGUGAAAAAUAUAUGAAGCAACAAGAAGGGAGGCUUAGACACUUCCAAAUUCCUAGUUACAGGGAUGAUUUUGGGAGGCCAUUUUGCCCUUAGUUUGCUUUAUAUAUAUCAUAUCUCGUGUUUUCCCCCCUUUUCCUUCCUUUUACUUUUUAUUUUUAAUUUUUUACCUUUUAUAAUUAAAGAUGAUUUUGCUCUCCUUUACUCAUUUUUGGUUGGAGGAAAAAAAUUAAAUAAGAUAGUUCGCCCUUUUAUUUCUAA